CUCUUCUCUAAACAUUUUCUCCUAAAAAAAAUGGGUUUUUUCAUUGUUUUCGCUAUGAUCUUCAUGCAAAUCUACACAAUGAGAUCAGCCAAGGUUCCGGCAGUGAUCGUGUUCGGUGACUCGUCUGUCGAUGCCGGAAACAACAACCAUUUACAAACGGUUUUAAAGAGCAAUCAUCGGCCUUAUGGUCGUGACUUCUUUGGUGGAAAAGCCACCGGGAGAUUUUCAAAUGGGCGCGUUCCAACUGACUUUAUUUCUGAGUCAUUUGGGUUGCGCCCGUUUGUUCCUGCUUACUUUGAUACCUCAUACAACAUGUCAGAUUUUGCUACCGGGGUGUGUUUUGCCUCCGCUGGUACCGGUUACGACAAUGCUACUUCUGAUGUACUUUCAGUAAUACCUCUAUGGAAAGAGGUGGAGUACUACAAGGAAUACCAAAAGAAACUAAGAAGUUAUUUGGGAGAGCAAAAAGCCAACACUGUUCUAUCAGAAGCAGUCUAUCUAAUAAGCAUGGGCACCAAUGACUUCCUUGAGAACUACUACACACUUUCGGACAGAAGAUCCCAAUACAACAUUAACCAAUAUCAAGAUUUUCUUGGCAACAUUGCCGGGUCACUUAUUAAGGAACUUUAUAGCCUUGGUGCCCGAAAAAUUUCCCUUGGUGGUCUUCCUCCAAUGGGUUGUUUGCCAUUGGAACGAACCACGAGUUUUAUAGCUGGGAAUGGAGAUACUUGUAACGAAGAUUAUAAUAAGGUGGCGUUGUCGUUUAAUGGCAAGUUGGGAGGUCUUGUAAAGCGGUUGAAUGGGGAGCUUUCGGGGAGCAAGAUCGUGUUCUCUAACCCGUAUGCCAUUUUUCAGAAUAUUGUUCGAAAACCUUCUGCCUAUGGGUUCGAAACUGCAGCUGUGGCAUGUUGCUCAACAGGACUAUUUGAGAUGGGAUAUAUGUGUGAUCAAUAUAAUCCAUUCACAUGCUCUGACGCCAACAAAUACGUUUUUUGGGAUUCUUUCCAUCCUUCAGAGAAAACCAACCGUAUAAUCUCGGAGCAUUUGUUUAAAACCGUUCUUUCUAAACUAUUAUCAUAGAUCGAUCGAUCAAUUGGGAUUAAUCAUAUAUAAAUUAAUUAAACCAAAGGAGAGCGAGGUACGUCCAUUAAAUUUAAAAUAUGGUUGAUUGGUGUGUUAUAUAUUUUAUUUUAUAUAUAUGUAUAAUAAUAACAUACAUAUAUCUUGUUUUAUUUAUAUCGUAUGUAUAAUGUACAAAUUAAGAGAUUGUAUGCUAGCUGUUAGCUUCGAGUUAUCUUCUUAAUCUUAAUAUAUAUAAGUGAAUUAUUCAGUUUUGUUAUUAUAAGAAA